AUGUCAAAGUUAAAGGAGAUUCAGAAUCAGGCGACAUUCGCUUGGAGUCCAUUGGUGGAUCGUGCUGACUUGAUUGCAGCUGGAACUGUCACUGGUACGAUUGGUGCAGACUUUGAUACAACAUCCAAGAUUGAGUUGUACUCGAUGGAUAUCACCAAUGCCUCACCACAGAUGACUCUAAAGGGUUCGGUCAGCGCUCCAAACAGAUUCAACAAGAUCGUUUGGUUGCCUGCCCAUGCCGACCAGACCAAUGGCCUAAUCAUUGGUGGUAUGGAGAGUGGUGCUAUUAGUAUUUGGAAUCCAUCAAAGAUAUUGGAAGGAUCAGAUGACGCACUGAUUGGAACUGGACAGAAGCAUAAUGGACCAGUACAAGCAUUGGACUUUAACAUUUACCAACCAAACUUGAUUGCUUCAGGAGGUUCUGAUUCAGAGUUGUUCAUUUGGGAUUUGUCCAAUCCAUCAUCGCCAUCAGCAUAUACACCAGGCACCAAGGUUGCCAACGCCAGCGACAUCACCUCAAUCUCAUGGAACAGAAAGGUUCAACAUAUUAUUGCCACAGGAUGUUACAAUGGUACAACAGUGGUUUGGGAUUUGAAGGCAAAGAAGUCGAUCAUCAACUUCACCGACAGAAAUAGAAAGUGCAAAACUAGAUCAUUGCUCUGGAAUCCAAACGAGGCCACUAGCAUCGUCACAGCGUCAGAGGACGACGACUACCCCGUCAUCCAGACAUGGGAUCUCAGAAACAAUACUGCACCCCUCAAGACUUUGGAGGGCCACCGUCGUGGCAUCUGGGGCAUGUCAUGGUGUCCAAGCGACAGCAGCCUAUUGCUGUCCACUGGCAAGGACAACCGCACCCUUUGCUGGAACAUCGACAAGGGUGAGAUGCUGUGCGAGAUCGAGUCGACUGGCGAUGCUUCCACAUGGAGCUUCGACGUCCAGUGGUCGCCACGCAUCCCUGCCGUCUUUGCCACAUCGUCAUUCGGUGGAAACAUCAACGCCUACUCGAUGCAGGACGUCAGCGCCCGCAACGUUCAAGCGAGCGCCAACUCGCUCGGAGUCGUCGAGCCCCAGGCCGCACCAGUCUUUAAGCACACCCCAUCCUGGUUGCGCCGUCCCGUCGGUGCCGCCUUUGGCUUUGGUGGCAAGAUCGCAGUGUUUGGCCGCAAGAAGCCAACUGCCGGAGGCAGUCCACAGGUUGGCGCUUCGACCCCAGUGGCCGGCCAGCGCGUCAUCCGCAUCUCCAAGGUGGUGACCGAUGUCGACCUGCAACAGAGAACACAGCGUCUGGAGAGUGUGUUGAAGACACGCGAGUACGAGCAGUUCUGUGACGAGAAGAUUGCUGCAUCGUCCACACCAGAGGAGCGCGCUACUUGGGGCUUCCUCAAGGUGCUCUUUGACGAGUCCAGCAGGAAGAAGAUCCUCAACUAUCUUGGCCACGACGUCGAGACCACCAAGCAGGAGCUCCAAUCAUUCCUUAAGACUCUGCCAGAGCUCAAGCUCACUGGAGACAAGCAGCAACCAAAGCAGGAGCAGGAGCAGCCACAACAAGAUGGCGACCAACAACAGCAACAGGAGGGCGCCGAGACGACAGAGACAUCCAAUGGUGAGAAGAAGGACGUAUUCAAUCUGUUCAAGUCCUCUACAGAUGAGUUCCCAUCAGACUUUGUCAAGACACUUAAUGUGACACCAAUCGAGUUCCCUGCUGAGGGUGACGAGAAGCAGAUCACCAAGUCACUGCUAAUUGGCGACUUUUCGACGGCGGUCGAGUGCUGCCUGCGUCUGGGACGCAUGGCUGACGCACUGAUUCUGGCGUCGUGCGGCAGCACCGAGCUCUGGAAGAAGACACAGCAGGCCUACUUUGAGAUUGAGCAGCGCGCAUUCACCCGCGUGCUUAGCUGCAUUGCCCGCGAGGACUUUGCCACACUUGUGCAGACCACCGAUCUGAAGGACUGGCGCUCAACCCUGUCGGUGCUGUGCACCUACGGCACUGAGGAGAACUUUAAGUCUCUGGCCGGCGUGCUGGGAGACCGUCUGGACGCCGCCAACGACACAGAGGGCGCCACACUCUGCUACAUCUGUGCCUGCGACAUUGACAAGACCGUCAACAUCUGGACGCGCUCGCAACACGGCAAGGAGUCGAACAACCGCGACCUCUUAAACCUCAUCGAAAAGGUGUCCAUCUUUAGAAGCGCUACCAACUCGAUCACACUCUCCAACGACACCUUGGCAACCAAGUACUCGAGAUACGCCGAGAUCCUGGCGUCGCAGGGCGACCUGUCCGACUCGUUGCGUUACCUCUCUGCACUCAGCUCGUCGCACCCAACCACCGAUGUGUCUGGUGCCGUUCUCCUGGACCGUGUCUAUCGCUCGGCCACAAACGUCCAAGGCAUUGCACAGCCACAAUUCCCCUUCCAGGUGGUCCCAGUCUAUCCCUCUGGCGGCGCACCAAGACCACAACAGGUACCACAACAGAACAUUCAGAACCAAGGUCAAUUUGGUCAGCAUCCACCACACCCACAACAACAGCAGUUCAACAAGCCUCCAGCCUUUGGCAACCAACCACCAAUGCCUUUCGUUGGACAUCAACCACAGACACACAACUUCAACCCUUCACUGCCAGGCGUCAAUCACAUGCCACCCCAGCCAAUGGCUCACCAACAACAACCAGUCCAUCCCAUUACACACCAUGUACCACCACCUCCCACAUCUCACAACGUCGCUCCGCCAUCAAUGCACUCUGUUCCACCACCACAACACCAGCCACAUGUCCAGCCACCACAAACAUCGCACGUCCAUCCACCAAUGACCCACAACGUGCCUCCAUCAGUCGGUGGCAUGCCCCCAAUGCCAACUGCACCAACCACCAAUCAGUUCAUGAACCCAACUCCACCACUCAUGUCGCAGCAUCCAACAGCACCACCUCCCAUGAUGGGCGGCGGCCAGUUUGCCGCGCCACCUCCAUCGAUGGGCCACGUCGGACACCCACCAAUGACAACGAACCAGGUCGUCCCACCAUCGCAACAAAUGCCACCAUCACCCGUCCACGCUGUGCCACCUCCCCACUCACCACCCCAAGCAUCCACUCCACCUCCCCCAGUUUCCGCCGUGGCGCCACUCAGUGCUGCCAGACCCGGUGGCGAGGCUUUCCCACAGCCACCACCCAAGCCCAACGUGCACAACAUCCAGGCCACCAACCUGGAGCCAGCAGUCGCUGCAGAUAUGACCGCCAAGAUUACCCAGCUGACCGACUUGCUCAACUCGUCACUGCAGAACCUCUUGAGUCGUGGCGCCAACAAGCAGAAAUGGGAGGAUGCCAGCAAGCGUGUGCAGACACUCAUUGCCAAGAUGGCCAAGAACGAGCUGUCGCCACUGGCCAUCCAGGCGUUGGAGGGCGUGAUCAUCUCGAUCUCCCAGGGCGAGUUCAGCACGGCCAGCAACAAAUACAUACAGAUUACAUCGACAUCCUACUGGAACGAGAUCGGAUCACAGGCAAUGGUUGGACUGAAGCGUAUCAUCGAUUUGGGCAUGAAGCCAAACUAA